CUUCAAUUCAUCUCUUCAAACAUUCCUAUUUCUAGUCCUCCUCAUUCUUUUUUUUUGCUGUUCAAUAACUUAAGAUAAGUCAACAGGGACUUCGCAGUAGCAGAGUUAUCCUACUUCACCCCUUUUCUUGGUUUUCUGCUGCAGCACAGUUUUUGGAAUUUACCACACCAGCCGAUCCACGAAGCGAGGAUAAGUUUCAAUUUACUCGAUUGCAGACCCCGCAUACAUCAAGGCAAAAGACCAGCCUUCGACCUCCCGCCUCCGUCCAGAUCCAUAUUGGGCAAUCUACAAAAGAACCCUUUGUGUAUACAAUACAAUCUUAAUAACUGCACUCUCGGUUAUUUCUCUGCAGACAUGCGAAAAUCAAACAGCACUAGAGGAUUGCACCUAGUUGGCCUUACGGUGUGAUACACGCAUGCUUAAGCCAUCACAUGUCCGAAUAUGCCAAUCUAAACCUACGUGGCUCCUCAGGGUUUGAAAUUGCCCAAACUCGAGAUCCACAAUGUCUAGCGGUUGCACGACGCACACCGUCGAUAAUAUCACGCAUCAAGACGGAGCGCCAUUCGAUAAGUGUCGAGUCAUUAUUUAGCCGAGGAAAUCCGUUCCAGCACAUUGAUAGCGCAUCGAUUGCGUGAUUAACAUCCUGGGGUGUACUCCUGCAAGACGCAAAUGACGCCCGAGAACCUAUAGGUCGGAGUAGACAUAUAAAGGCAGAUCGUCUCUCAAUAUCCUUUGGUGUAAUCUCUCACUUCGAAGUUAGCUUAGUGGCUGCCAUCUCCCUAUCACUAUUUGUCCGGUUUAUCAGGCCUUCUCGACAGCUGCUUCGACUUAUCUCACGCCCGAGCUUAAGCUUCUCAGCUGCACGCCGAAGUCGGAACGCGACAACGCCUCUCACAGUAUGAGCUCUGCAACCUUCCUCAUCACUUACAAGAAUUUGGCCCAGCACGGUUGCUGCUUCAAGAGCGAGGCUGAGUUGCUCCGUCACCGACCGAUUGCGGCCGCGAGUGGCCUCAGUGGGCCUACAUCCAUGCAGGCGCACCACAAGUCAGCUGCCAGCGCAUCGUUGCUGUAUUAAAACCGAUCAUUUUCAAUUGUUAAACCUCCCUUAAAGGGGCCAUACUACGUGGUCGAUUGGCUCCGUUCGCUCCGCAGAUCAGCGGGCAAUUCAUGCUGGGCAGGCUUCGUUGACGGUUCUGCGAAUCCGCCAGCCACCGCUGAACCUGCUGCAAAUGAAGCUAUGAAGUUGGACGGUCCGGAAGCCACGUCAAAAAGCACAACUGCGCAUCAACUGCGCAUCAAAGGGCGUACGUGGCUUGACUCAGGACUUCGCCUUGCGAUCAACCUGAAUUCGCAAACUCAAACGGCACCGCAGGCUCUGCGAACACGAGCUUGGCCCAACGAUAGGACAAGCUUCGACGACAUUCUGAGUCUAGGAGGCGGCGGGUCCUCUCCAUUCUUUUCAAAGAUCCGAGAAUCGUUGCCAAGGUAAUAGGCAAUAUAGAGCGACCGCUCACUGACUACCACCUUUCGUUCUUCUCCUUAAGAACACUUUAAAACAGAGGGUUACAUUUUAAGGAGAUUCGUGGCUGGAGCUAUUGAAUUGCUCUCAUGACGAGGCACUCUGGAUGGCGAAGACGCAACAGUGCAGGGAUAUUGCAGUAAGGACAGCGGUGGUUACAGCACACCGGUCUUUCAGUGCUCAUUGAAAGGUGGCGCCAUUACGCAGGGUGCUCCUGUAUAUAUGCUCUAUCGGCGAAGACUACUCUUUCGCUUUGGAUCUAGCUUUCGCAGUCGUGCGGCUGAGUUCCAGUAUUCCAAUAUCACGUGAUAGUUGACGUUCAACCAAUGUCUUCUCCCAGUUCCACGGACACGACCAGUCCCACGCACGUUCGUAAAGACCAAAUGAUCAAUGGAGAGCAAAAUUCAUCUAUCCAAAUCGUUCGAUCAACUAAGAAAUUGCGCCACAAGAAUGUCCCAUGCCAACUUCCUGGUUGCUCGAAGCUAUUCACAAGCGACAAAGACAGAAGACGGCAUCAGAACUCUAAAAAGCAUGAGAAAGAUUUGGCUGGAGUUUACAGAAAGCGCUUUUGUUGUCCAUCCGACAAUUGUAACGCCAAACCAUUUGCUCGCAAGGACAACCUGAAGCGUCAUCUCAUAUCUCAACACAACUGGGAAGAGAGAGCAGCAGAUUGGCAGGUGAUUAUGGCACACAUUACAUUCAUAAUGCAACCGCCUAACGGAUGCAGGCUGGCAUAGAAACCUUAAUGGCACCAUCUGAGCCUCAAUACCACAGCUCUCGCAACAUGGAGUACGAUCCGUCAUAUCAGUACCAACCUAACGUCGUUUAGGCUUUUUGCUACCCAUGUGUUCUGCUAUUAUUCCAUCCUCCAUGGACUUGACAUCUUGUACGAUAGCUAGAAGAGCAUUUCCAUGGCAAGUGACAUAAGUUGAACUCGAUUGCUCGGAUACAUAAGAGGUGUAACGGUUCUGCGGAAUUAGGACAUGUAAGCCUUCAUAUAAAGCAACCUAGGAUUACUUGGAUCCGAAUACCUCAGGAUCAUAGUAAUUGAAGACAGCAUUGCAAAGAAGUCUGUACGCUAACCGCCAGGAAGGAACCUCAUGGAUAGAAUGAAAUUGCUUCUCAGUCUACUCCGAUGCCGAGCUUUAGGAGAUGAUGCUUUGUGAGAAUGCUGAUCGAUCCUCUGGUGUGUCUCAAACCUAGGAGUUGCGGAGCAGAAGAACAAGUGAAAUUUCAAUAACAAAUUCGAUUGUUGCAACGUGAUUAGAAU